AUGUAUCGUUCGACGGUUGCAUCGAGGCUAAGUCCCGAGAAAAGAGCGUUGCGGAAACGAAUCUGGUGGUCCAUCUAUACUCGCGACCGACAUACUGCAGCAUGUCUCGGCAAGCCUUGCAGAAUCAGGGAUGAAGACUGCGACAUUGAACCUCUGACUGAAGAAGACUUUUACUUCGACGAUGAUCACAACGACCCCCUAAUAACUCGACAAGAAGAAUAUCAUACGGCUCUCGCAAUAGAGAUGACGAAAGCCGCCGAGAUCCGUGAGUUCAUCUCUACCGAUGCCCCUUUUGCUCGGAUUACUAAUUUUCGUCCAGUCGGAGACAUCGUAAUCGCAGAAUACAGUCCUCGACGACCUGACUUGGGACAAUACAAACCAGAGCGUCUGAAACAAAGACUUGAACAGUGGGAAGCGCAGUUGCCCAAAUGCAUGCAGAGGGCGCCGCUAGAUGAGACACUGGGUCCAGCUUUCUGGGCAACCCAGUUACACAUGGCGUACCAAAACUACUAUAUCCUCUUGUUCCGGCCCAAGGCAAUUGAAGACCUCACACCGUCUGAAGCCGAAGGAGACAUUUGGGCCCGGCGAGCAGCUGAUUCCAUUACUCGCAUGACCGAAGAUCUCCUGGCCGUCGGAGCAAUGAGUAAAAGUCAAAUGCACAUGCAAGUCGAACCUCGCCUCCAAUUCUCCUCAGAGACUAACAUAUUCCCAGUGUCCCUGCUGUCUUUGGCGCCCUCUCCAUCCACACCCUCGUCAUCUGCCGCAAGGAUCCCAUCCGACGCCAACUCGCCGGCAACAAAUCACGGCAAUGUAUCCUCGCCCUAA